GAGUACAACUCACGGGUCGUGACGACUGACUCCCGGAUUGGUAACCAUUUGUGGCAUAACUCGAGUCCGCAAUACAUGUCGACAGAGAAGACAUUGGUUUGGGACUCAACACAACCCAUACCUGUCUAUAGGGAGGAACCGGUCAUGUCUUUGACAGACUUAAUGGUAUACACGGGAGGGCUGUUUGGCCUGUGGUUUGGCACUAAUAUCAAAGAUGUCAUCAUUUGGUUCAUUGACAGUCGCCUAUGGAUUUGGGACAAUGAGUUGGCCCUGGGCAUUAUCAACUCGAUUGUGCUGAUCAUACAGUUUGUGAUACUGUUAACAACGGUGACACCCGAGGGCUGGGCACGAGUGGGCACAACCAUCAAUAAUUCACUUAACCGUCCCUUUGGUAUCUACGAUGACAGGCCUUAUGCUAGCUAUGCCUACCAGUCCCUUUGAGUUAUUGUUAUAUUUGACGAGUAUUGCAAACACGCACC